AUGGCGGUGAACCAGAGCCACACGGAAAACCGCCGCAAGGCUUACAUCCCUUACGGGGAGAGGUGCCUGAGGGGAAGCCGGGUGCUGUCGCCGCCUCCGACGUUCGUGCGCGUGCGUGUCCUCACGUCCUCGCGCCUGCUCCGCGAGGUGGCGGUGGCGCAAGCGGUAGCGUGUGGCCUCGCACAUGUGAAGGGCGGGAGCGCGCCUCCGGUGACUGAGGGCGGGGCGGGAUUUCCUGGAGAGGGCCCGUCACCUCAGAAGAAAGGUGAGCCGCCCUGGGGCGGUGGGGAGUCCCGUGUCACCUCAGAAGAAAGUGUCUUGAAUCAGUGUAAUGAUGUGGAGCUCUCCUUCCCAGAUCAACCACCAGGAUCCAAUUUCUUUCAUGGUACAAAGAGGGGAACGUUGCUUCUCACUUCAUACCGGGUGAUCUUUGUGACGUCACACUCAGUCAGUGAUCCCAUGCUUUCUUUUAUGAUGCCAUUUGAUCUGAUGAGCAACUGCACCCUCGAACAGCCAGUCUUUGCCCCCAUCUACAUUCAAGGAACCAUUCAGGCAGCUCCAGAUGGUGGCUGGGAAGGACAGGCUACUUUUAAAUUAUCCUUCAGAAAAGGAGGUGCCAUCACAUUUUCCCAGUUGAUGAUGAAAGCUGCCUCUGCUGCUGCCCAAGGAACUCCGCUUCAAAGUAUAACCUACUGGUUUGGUGUUCCAGGACAGUUUAUCGUUAGUGGGCAGGGGAGCAUGAUGUGCAACCAACAGACGUCUUGUCCAGUUGUUGUCUAUGGGCCCCAACCUGUGAGAUAUGGAGCCCCACCAGAAGCAUACAGAGUCCCACCAGCGGGAUAUGCACCCCCACCAGCAGGAUACGGACCCCCACCAGUGGGAUACAGACCCCCACCAGCUGAAUACGGACCCCCACCUCCAGGAUAUGGAGCCCCACCUCCAGGAUAUGAAGCCCCAUCUCAGGGAUAUGAAGCUCCACCUGCUGGAAAUAGAGCUGACUCUCACAAUCCUGAGGCAGCCCAUCCUGAUGGAUAUGAUGCUUCUCUUCCUUCCACCUCAUCUCCUCAGCACCAUUCACCACCUUCUAAGAACUAAACCCUGAAGAUUCACCAACCAAAGUAGAACCCUAAAACUGAAGUCAGGAUAAGAAGGAGGACUCAGGUAUGUGUUUAAAGACCUUUCUUAAGUAGUUGUCCCACCCUCUGGAAGGGCAGUCUUAGGGGGAAAGUGAAGCUUUACUUCCAUGCCUAGAUUUUAGAAGCAAAGUCAACUCUUGAUUAGAUGGGCUAAAGGAAAAGUAGACUGAUAAGGCUAAUUCCCCCAAUAAUUUGGUUGACAUUGGGCUGCAUUUUUAAAAAAUAUGUUUUUAUUGAUUUUAGAGAGGAAUGGAGAGGGCGAGAGAGAGAAACAUCGAUUGCCUCCAGUAUGCACCUGGACCGAGAAGUGAACCAGUGAUCUU